GAUGACCACUUAUACAAAUAUUCUUAUUUUUAAUGAACUUGAUAAUUUUUAUGAUAUUAAUGAAAAUAAUAAUGAAUUAACAAAUGAUAUUUCUAAAAAUAUUCAAGCGCUUUGUUUUCCCAAUACAAUAGAUGUAGAGGAAUUUCUUUUGGUGCCAGAAGAAAAUAUCAUUUAUGAAGUUUUAGAAGAUGACAAAAUUAUUACUGAACUUGUUAAUAUUUUUAAAAACUCAGAUGAAAAUAAUUAA